AUGGAAGAAACAGCAGGUAGGGGGCCCCCCGCCAGCUGGGGGCCCUCGAGCUCUCUGCAGCAAAAAGGCCUGGAGUCCCAGAGCCGGCUAACCUCUGGGGUCUCUGAUGCAGCAAGUGCAACAACAGCAGCAACGGGAACAGCACCUCCAGCAGCAGCAGCUGCUGCUGCUGCAGCACGGGGAAAGACAUGGCUGCGGCGUUGCCCUCUCUGCUGCUGCAGUAUUGCUGCGUGCACCUGCAGCGCAGCAGCCAUAGCUGCUCAGCAGGAACGGCUGCUGCAGCAGCAGGAGCUGGUGCAGCAGAGGCGGCAGCUGCUGCAGCAGCAGCACGACCAACUCGAGAGGGAGAAGUCACUGCAGCAGCAGCAGAAGACCCUGCUGCAGCAGCAACUCAGCCGCAGUGAUGACGCAGCACUCUCCACACUAUCGGGGGGCCCCCAAAUUAGCCCGGGGGGCCCCCUAGGUGACCCUGGGGCCCUUUUAGAAGAUGCAUAUUGGGGCCCCCUUACAUUUCCCCUGACUGAGGCUUCGCCUGAUGAAGGGGCUGUCUUCCCUCUGCAGCAGCAGCAGCAGCAGCAGCGCAGAGAUGCUGCAGCAGCAGCAGCAGCAGAGAGCAGCAGCAGCGUGCUCAAGCGGCUGCUGGGGCCCCGGGUCUAUGCUGCAUGCAAAGUGCUGCAGGGGCCUGAAGUGACCCCUGGGGCUUUGGCUCUGCCUAGCUGCUGCUCCCCGGAGGAAACACCAGCUGCUGGUGGCUCUGCAGCAGCAGCAGCUGCUGCUGCUGCUAGUGCAGCAGCAGCAGUUGCUGCUGCUGCUGAGGGCCCCGCUGAUGACGCCGCUGCGGGCCCGGCGGGCCCGCGCAGCAACGUAGGCAGCUUCCAGGGCUCCGCAGCAGCAGCAGCUGCUGCUGCUUUUGCUGCAGUGCCUCCCCUGUGCAACGAAGCCGACACCCAGCCGUUCCUUCCUCGCAGCAGAAACAGCAGCAGCAGCAGCAGCAGCGCACAAAGAAGCAGCAACGGAGUUCUCAGCGUCUCCUCUGAUGCCUCUGACUGCAGCAGCUUGAUUUACUACAGCAGCAAAGAAGACAGAAGCAGCAGCUCUACCAGCAUCCCCCGCCGAUCCCCUGAGCCUUGCUGCCAGCUACUCAGCAGCAGCAGCAGCAGCAGCGGCGGCAACAGCAGCAGCAGCAGCAGCAGCGGUGGAUCGCCUCCCCACGCGCUUCUAGGGCCGCAGGAGUCACUUGCUGCCGCAGCCCAGGAGGAGCAGCAGCACCCCGGGGGGCCCCCCAAGGACUGCGGAGGGCCCCCCGGGGGGCCCCCCAAGGAGGGCGGGGGCCCCGGGGGGCCCCCUGGGGGGCCCCCCAAGAGCGCUGGGGCCGAAGACCCCUCAGGGGUCCUGUGUGGACUCUCAGCACUCGAGGGGGGCCCCCAAAAAGAAACAAUUGGGGAAAAAGAUUCUGCAAUUUGGCAAGAAAGCCCUGAAGGCCGCAGGGCCCUGAGGGCCAGCCUUUACGAGCUGCAGGCCCGCCUCGCUGUGGCCGAGCAGCAG